AAUUCUCCACGACUAUAUAUGAGCAUUUCAAAACCCUAACCAUAGUCUUUCUUAUUCUCUGCUCACCGCCAGAAGCCAACCGAGGAGAUCAAAGAACAGCCGCAGCCAUGGGUAAGGUUCACGGAUCUCUAGCUCGUGCCGGUAAGGUGAGAGGCCAAACUCCUAAAGUGGCAAAGCAAGACAAGAAGAAGAAGCCCCGCGGCCGCGCUUACAAGAGGAUGCAAUACAACCGCCGUUUCGUCACCGCAGUGGUUGGAUUUGGCAAAAAGAGGGGACCUAACUCAUCUGAGAAGUAAGAACUGUGAAGGUGAAGAAGGCAAGAAUUUGCUAGCUUUGAUGGAUUAAUUAAGUCUUGGUUUUUUUGUAAUGUUUUGUGAUACUUAUUUUUAGCUACUGGUGUCAAGGAUUGAGAUGAACUUUCAUUUUGUUAGCUAGAGAUGAUGAUGUGAUUUUGUCAUUAAUUAUGUUAAUUUUUGGUUUAUUAUGA